ACCGGCAUUAUCCCACAUUUCUCCAGGUGGUGGCAGUGUUGCGCCGAGCAAACUGAAGAAAAAAAAAAGAGAAAAAAAAGGCAAAACAAGGAAGAGACUUCCUGCUUUCUGGUGCCAAGAGUUCAAAUUCUCAAGCGGGACAAACGGCAGGUUAACUUUUCUCUGACAUGGAAUUUGACGAGAGCCUUUUAAUCCAACGUGCACACGCUUUAAAGAUGGCCAGAGAGGCAGAACACAAACAGCGGAUGACUCUUCACUGUGAGCAGUGCAACACCGUGUUGGGGGACUCCCUCGGCAUCUGUGGGGAACUUAAAGGCAUGGACUGCAUCGUGUGCAUAAGAGUAACCAAUGAUGUUGUCAUCAGUGAUGCCAUGGAAACGGGACAUAAAGGGGAAAUGGCUAGUUGUAUCUACAGUUCUCUGAAAUGUCGCGGCUGCCGCUGUGAUGUGGGGAGAAUCAUUCACUCUGCCCCGUCGCGUUUGGCCGCGGUUCGCUCCAUGUUUCUCCUCCACAAAGCCAACAUCAGUUGUUACAUCCUCAACCGCAGCUCAAUGGUGACAUCAUCCUCACUGGCAUUUGAUCUGAAGCCCCUCAGAGAAAGCAUGAAUAAGAUGAGGAAGCAGUUCGAAGCGCAGUUGGAUCAGAUGUCGCGCAUCAAAAGCAGACUGGCUGACGGGAGUGUCAACAGUGAAUUCAUCAAGUAGUGUGCACAGGCAACAGGACUUCUCCUCGUCCACGUGUCCUCUACUCUGUUCUCCAAUCCUUCUUUUGGACCAGUUUGUCUUGUAAAUUGUCAUCGUUUCUUCUUCGGGUUUUGUGUUUCCAUUAAACAUUUUUGUU